UUCUUGACACGUUAGCCUUUAUUAGCUAAUGACGCUAGCGCUAUUUUACCAUUUCUAGCAUAGGUCCCCUUCGAACCUGCUAACCCUCAACUAAUCUGGGUGUUUUAUCAAGAUUUGUAUCCCUUGUCAGAAUGGGUAUCCCUUGUCUCUGGCAUCAUUGAUUUAUUUCGUAACACUCAUGUUGUUGCCUGCCGUCGGGCAUUGCUGAGCCAACGGGAGAAGGUGGAGGAGAAAAAUUCCCAACCGCUAGCGUUACGGCUCCAAUGCGAGCUCCGCAGUCUUUACGUAACAACCGCUGAACUACAAUGAAUAAGAGGGGGAUUACUGUACUUCCUAUAUAAAUGGCAGGUUAUCGCGUGAACCUAUGUGAGGUCGGCAGUGGAGUCUGUGGCUGAGCCAUCCAGUAGCCAAUAUGAGCCAUUUGCUGUAGCUAGACCGCUCCCUCAUCACACCUGAGCUGUAACGCUAGCCAUGUGAGAUUAGGGUGAGUCUCCAUAUUGAAGACACAGAGGGACUAUGUUACCUCAAGCUAACCUCACAGAUCCAAACCAAACAUCCGCUCACUAUAUAGUGCAUUCACCACUGUUCUAGUACUGUUCGACUCUACAAUUCCAAAAUCCAGUGCCCUAGAAACUUCCCAGAAUUAACCAGUGUGCAUCUAUGCUCACUAGAUUUGGGAUUAUGGACCACAAUACAUUGCAUUCCAAUAUUUUUUGUGAAAAAAAUGUAUCUAAGCAUAUUUUUUUAAAUAAACCAUCCCCAUUUUCAUCAUUAAAACCCAAAGUCUGGUCGUAAAAUGCUUGUAUUGAUGAGGUUUUCACUUGUGAUAUCAUAUUAGCCGCUUAAAAAAAAGUCGUGAGCAUGAUGCCUGACUUACUUUUAAAAUCCAGGGCACUAUAUAAUCCUGAACAUAUAGUUUUUUUAGUUGUGAGGAAUUAGGACACAGACAGACUCUUCCAAGAGUUAAAAAAAAAGACAAAAGUGGUAAUUAACCUGGUGUGAAAAAAGUUAAAAGCAAAGAGAAAAAAAAAAUGGUGCUUGAAACAGUGCAGGAAGAAAAAAAAAACAAGAACAGAAUCAAAUGAACUCAAAAAGACGAUGAAGAAAAACAAAAAAUUGAUAAAAAAGAAAGGAAAGUCAAAAGGAGCGGCAGAAAAUAGUCAUUUUGAGAAUUAAAAAAAAAUGUUUGAAACAUGUUAAUAGUUAAGUACAUGUAAUAUGGCACAUAUAAUGGAUAGUAUAAAUAACAAUUUUCGAUUAGAGUUACAUUAGAAAUUAUUAGAAAGGGAGAGGGAGGAAGCAAACUUAUAUAAUCCCACCCCGGCUCCACAAUACCAUUUCUUUUAUCACCGGUUCAUAACUUAAGGUGAGAUAUUUUUAUCUUUCCAACAAAGAUUCAGGUUAAGCAAAAAUUCACUAACUAAAACUUUUAUUCAUGUGUACGUUUUGUUCCAUCAUUCAAGUGUUUUUUAGUGUUUUGCGUUCUUUAGUAAAACCUGACAAAUUCAAGAAAUUACAGACAUUUUUACCCCUGCAGAGGGCACCAUCUUAUUGUUCGCCCCGGCCCCCCAAAUUGUUGAGUACGCCACUGCAAAGAGGCACUCAAUUUGUGUGAAAGGGGUGCUUUGUAUUAAAUUUAAAGGGAUGUCUGUCAUUUUUUUUUCUGCCUGAAGCAAAAAAAAAGGUGUGUGGUCAGCCUGUCCUAAUCCGGAAAAACCGCAGAGAGGCACUCGAGCUCUGUCCUGGGACCUACUUGUCUUUUUUUUUUUUUUUUUUUUUUUUGGUGGAUGCUUUAUUCGUUUGAAAGCGUCCAAAUCAGAGUAAACCCGCAGAAAAAAUGACAUUUUUGGAACGUGCGUAAUGUGGCACAAGCGCACGUGCACGGUCACUUCCCAUGCAGAGCGCGUCUGUGGAGAACACUGGCGGGCUGUGUGCGUCCUUCACACUUUUCCUGCGUAAGAGGCUCCGGCUGAAACAGAAGACGUGACGCGCUGUCAUUUUUUUUUUUUGCUCCUUUGUUGUUGUGGAGUCUGAGGAGGAUCGGGAGUCUGCUUCCGCUUCGCCGUGAGGAGGAAUCAGGAAACUGAGGAGGAAACGUGUUCUGAAUACAAAGGAGGACAACUAUUGACACCUUCAGUCCAGCAGUCCGCCGCGCGCGCCCGCGCAAAGAUACGAGGACAUCACCGCAAACGCAAGAGCUUCAUAUCGAUCUGUCACUCCGCCAAUCCUCCAUCCAUAGACGCUUCUUUUUUUAAAGACAAAGAUCCUCAUCUUAUCUUGCUUUGGCUCCAAACUGGCUGCCAGCCAUCGGCUCCCUUCAGAGCGCACAAAACCCCGAUCAUUUCUCCAAAGACGAUUGCGUCUCUGACAUGCUGUAAGUUGCUUUUUUUCUUUUGACAUCUCGGAUCUGGAUCUGUAGCCUAUUAUGGCUUCACUGUAUCAGAGAUUCACCGGAAAGAUCAACACGAACAAUUCGUUUCCGCAUCCACCUGAGGCCAGCCACCUUCUCGGUGGUCAGGCUUUGGACGAGGAGAACGGAGCGAAGCCCCCCCAUCCACUCACCGACGGCAGAGCGCACGGCCAGACCCGCAAAAAGUGUUUGCGGGAGGAUGAGGACGACCUGGUGGGCAGCGCGCCGCCUCAGAGGAACUGGAAGGGGAUUGCAAUCGCCCUGCUGGUCAUCCUCAUCAUCUGCUCCCUGAUUGUCACCUCUGUAAUCCUUCUCACCCCCAGUGAAGACGACAGCCUCGCCCUAAAAAAGAAAAUUACCAUAGAGGAUGUCUUUGGUCCAGACCUUCACAUCCAUGAUCCAGAUGCUAAGUGGCUCAGCGAGAAUGAGUUGAUGUUCCGAUCAAGAAACGGGAAUGUCAUCCGGCUCAAUGUGGAAACAAAAGAGACCAGGACCGUCGUGCCCAAGCAGCUCUUCGACAGAGCCAAAGCCACCAAGUACCAAGUGUCCCCAGACAUGCAGCACGUCCUGUUUGCCUUUGACGUGAAACCAAUUUACCAACACUCCUAUGUGGCCAAGUACAUUAUUUACAGCCUAGUGAAACAGGACAGUUGGCCGUUAAAUCCUCCUGAGGUUCAAGAAGCCGUUCUCCAGUUUGCCGGAUGGGGACCUCAAGGCCAACAGCUGAUCUUCAUAUUUGAAAACAACAUUUACUACAGAGCGACGGUGGAGAGCCGAUCCAUCCGCCUGGUGUCCACCGGCAAAGAGGGAGUCGUCUUCAACGGACUCGCCGACUGGCUCUACGAAGAGGAGAUCCUGCAGACCCACGUCGCUCACUGGUGGUCUCCAGACGGACUCCGUUUGGCCUACAUGACCAUCAACGACACUCUGGUGCCCAAAAUGGAAGUCCCGUUUUUCACUGGCUCCGCAUAUCCCGCCAGCCUGGAUUAUCAUUAUCCAAAGGCCGGGAAGGAGAAUCCGGCGGUUCACCUGUCAGUCGUAAACCUCCACGGCCCCCUGCACACGGUGGGGAUGAAAAAACCCGACGACCCCCGAAUAGGGAGGGAGUAUUACAUCACCAUGGUGAAGUGGGCCACCAACACCAAACUGGCUGUCAACUGGCUGAACCGAGCACAGAACAACUCCAUCCUGACUCUGUGUGAAGCCACCACGGGAGUCUGUGUGAAGAAACAUGAAGAUGAAAGUGAAAGCUGGCUGCAUCGACAGAAUGAACAGCCGCUCUUUUCUAAAGACGGACACAAGUUCUUCUUCACCAGAGCCAUCCCUCAGGGUGGGAGGGGGAAGUUUUUCCACAUCUCCAUGUCCACCUCGCUGCCCAACUCCAGCACAGACAUCCUGCAGAGCCUGACCUCCGGGGACUGGGACGUCACCCGCAUUCUGGCCUACAACCACCAAAAGAACCUCAUAUAUUUUCUGAGCACAGAGGACGACCCAAAACGGCGCCACCUGUACAGCGCCGACACCAUCCCUCCCUUCAACCGCUGCUGCCUGUCCUGUGAGUUCAAGUGCGGCUAUGUGGACGUGUCGUUCAGCCACGACAUGCAGUUCUUCCUGCUCAACUGCAAAGGCCCAGACAUCCCGAGUGUAGCGGUUUACAGAACCGAGGACAAACAGAAGAUGUACGACGUGGAGACAAACCAGCAGGUGAACAUCACCUACAACAACCUGCAGACCCCCCGAGUGGAGAACAAGACCAUCAACAUAGACGAUUACACUCUGACGAUGCAGAUUCUGAAGCCGGCGGGAUUCAUAAACACCGCCAGCUACCCGUUACUGCUGCUCGUAGACGGCACCCCCGGUGGACAGAUGGUGACGGAGCAGUUCCAGGUGGACUGGGCCACGGUUCUGGUCAGCAGCUUCAGCACCAUCGUGAUCCGCUUCGACGGCCACGGCAGCGGCUUUCAGGGCACCAACCUGCUCCACAAGGUCCGCAGGAAACUGGGGAAGCUGGAGGAGCGGGACCAGCUGGAGGCUCUCAGGGUUAUCUCCAAAGAGCCGUACAUCGAUAAGAGCCGGAUGGGCGUUUAUGGAAAGGCGUACGGAGGAUAUUUAGCGACGAUGCUUUUGAGCUCGGAGGAGUUCACACAACUGAAAUGUGGAGCGGCCGUCUCCCCCAUCACAGACUUUGAGCUUUAUGCUUCUGCGUUUUCUGAGCGUUACCUCGGCCCAAAGACCGACUCCAGAGUUUAUGCAAUGACAAACUUAGCAAACAGAGCGGGCCAGCUGCUGGAGAAACAGUUCUUGAUAAUCCACCCGACGGCUGACGAAAAAGUUCACUUCCAGCACACGGCCAAAUUCAUCAACCAUUUAAUCAGCGAGAAGGCCAAUUACACUCUGCAGAUUUACCCGGACGAGGGUCACUUCCUGCACAGCGAGGGGGCACGGCAACACCUGAGCCAGUCUUUGGUCAACUUCUUUGAGGAAUGCUUCCGGGUGCCGGACAUGCCGACGGACGACCAGCAGGAAGAAAACGAGGGCGACAGCUAAGCCCGAUCCCAAUCAGCCUCCGCCAGCGACUGGACCACCACAGCACAAUAUGCAACCGAUUCUUCACAAUGCACAGAACCCCCCCCCUCCUCUGAUUCUGCCUCACCUGAAGCACCUGCAUGUGAAACCAGGGCCUCCGCUCACCCCCCCACCCUCUCAUGAUUGCUGCUGUGUCAGGUAGAGGCGAUCAUUCUCCGUGGAUGAACGGAUCAGCACUCCCUCUAGUGGACAAACGGAGGAUCUACAUUUAAAACUCCUUCACUCUGAAGCAGGAAGCACUUCUUGCAGCAAAACAAAACCCCACAAGGACACAUCAUCACGUCAAGAUCGGAGUCUUUACAAGGCUGCCCGUUUCUGAUAACCUUGCCAACUAACUUGCUGAAUCCAGUGGUCAUCAGAGUGUUUAUUGCUACUCGUUUCUGUCCAGUGUCUUGCAGUGACGGCCUACUGUGUGGACAUUAACUGCAGUCCUGCGUUGCUUUAGAAAAAUCAAGGCACAAUGUUUUACUUGUGUUGUACUCAAAACGUCAACGGAAAAAAAAAAGGUAUUUAUGGUCAUCUUUUCAGUGUUCACACACUUGUGACAUUACCUGGUGUUGUUCUAGUCACUGUGCCUUACAGCGGGGUCGGGACGGCGGGAGAAAACGACCAAAAAGGGAAAGUUUGGAGCAAAAGUUUGUCACUCUUCUUCUUGGAAGGACCGGAGCUUAAAAUAAAAGAACUGACCCACAAAAAUGUAAACAAUUUUUGGUUUCUGAAUAUUUCCAAUCCAAACCUGUGAGUUAACCACUUCUUUUACUUGGUAAAUUUCCGUGUGUGUUCUUGACUCGGUCCUCUUCAUGUCACUUCUGUUAGUAUCUCAGUGGUUUCUAGACAGCUGAUGUACAAAGUGUAUAAACUGACAUUGUUUUUAUGUCUUUAUGUUGUAUGUGCAACUUGUAUAUAAAGCAUUUUGAAAUGCACUUUUCUCAUAUUGACUUCUCUUACAAUCCAACGAUGGAACGUCUUUGUUUAAGUGUGGAACUGGAAACAUUUAGAAAAAUAUAAUUAUGGAUUUAAACCACAAAAA